AUGGCUUCCUCCUCUACAUACACCUCCAACACAAGAUCGAAGAAAAUCAAGUCAAAAUCGAAACUUGAUUUUGCAAAUCCCUGUGAUUGUGGCUACCCUUCUCGUAUCUGGACUUCAACGACCAAAGAUAAUCCUGGAAAAGAGUUUAGGGUUUGCCCUAAUUCAACGGAUAACCCAGAAAUUAAAUGCAAAUUCUGGGAAUGGGUUAAUAAAGAAGAUACAGUCAACAAGAAGAAAAGAGAUGAAGUGGGAGCACAAUCCUGUGAAGUAAGGGCACAAUCUUGUGAAGUGAGGAUUGCAAUUAUGGACCAUGAUUUCAAUAUUUACAAAAAGAACACAGAUGAAGAAUUUGAUAAGAUAAUUAGAAAAAUUAGCAGUCUCAAAACAUAUGUAAUUGUGUUGUUUAUGUUGUUUGUAGUAUCACUUUUAAGGGCAUAAAUGUCAAAUUGUAAUCGGAUAUUAUGGUUGUUUUGCUGAAUAUGAUUGAAUGAACA